AAUAAAAUGCCAGGCACAUCUGUUAUAGUCAGAUGCACAGUAGUUUAACUCAGUUAAAAUACUGACGUUUGUAUGACGAAAAUAAUGCAUUGAGUGAUCACUUGAAACAAUACAGAUUAAUUUAAAGAGUCAGUGUGCCGAAAUCAUGUUUAUUUUUAUACUACCGGUAUACAUAAUUCCUUGGUGUCUGCUUAUAGUAACCCAUAUUUACAGUUCAGUUUGUUUACAUUCCCCAAAGAUAGACAUAUUCCUGCUUCUAUAUUACAACUUUAGCCGCAGGAUAUUGUAAAUUUGAACUCUGAAAAAAAUGCAGAAACUUAUAAAAGGGGUCCACUUUUUUCAGUGUUUUUUGUCAUACUGAUAAUAACAUGACUGUUUUAAAACAUUUAAUCGUGUACAUGGUUGUUAAUGUUUUUAAGGUGAACGAGACUCUGAAAAGCCUCCAGAUGACUGGCAAUAAGAUUGGCAACAAAGGGGGGAUGCACUUUGCUGCAAUGCUGCAGAUUAAUAAUUGUUUAGAAGAGCUGGAUCUUGGAGACUGUGAUCUGGGUACUCAGAGCUUGAUCGCCUUGACUACUGUCCUGAAUAACAAUAGGACCAUCCGUGCCAUCAACAUGAACCGGCCUCUGCUCUACAGCCAGCAGGUAUGA